AUGCGGCCAAAGCGCCUUGGUCUUCUCUCGGUUUCACUUCGGACGGGGCGACUUACUUUCCUUAACAUGCGCGAGAAGGGGCUUUUCGGCGCUGCGGUGUUGCUCGCGACCCUGCUCUGCUCGGGGAGGUCUCGAGGACACGGGUUCGAGCACUCCGCCGCCUUGGACGCCGGUGGGAGAUACGUAGUGAAGUGGAAGUUUGAUGAGACGAGCAUCACGUUUGAAAUCGAGGCGGAAACGAUGGGCUACAUAGGCUUUGGCUUGUCUCCAAACGGCGCCAUGGCUUCAGCUGAUCUUGUGAUUGGAGGUGUUGCCAAUGGGAUACCUUACCUCCAUGACUACUUUUCAGAUAGCAGCAGGGUGGUCCAUAAAGACCCGGUGCAGAGCUACAAGCUGCUGUAUGGGAAAGAGAACCACACACACACUGUGUUGGCCUUCAGCAGAGACCUGCAGACCUGCGAUCCCAAAGACAGAGACAUCACGAGUGGUACGAUGCGGGUGAUCUGGGCGCUCCACAGUGAAGAUGUGGGGCCUUCAGGGCCGAAGUACCAUGGCAUAAACAGAGGGAGGAAGAGCUUACGCUUUCUAAACCCUGGAACCAGCAGAAAGGUUCCACCUGAGACAGCCACCGUUGACCUGCUGAACGUUAACGUUCCAGUACCUGACAAGGACACAACGUACUGGUGUCAAAUGUUUAAAAUGCCAGAGGUGCAGAAGAAGCAUCAUAUUAUCAGAAUUGAGCCGCUGAUCCAGAAAGGCCAUGAGAAUUUGGUGCACCACAUUCUGCUGUACCAGUGUGAUAGUUCACUGAAUGAGAGCGAACUGGACAUGGGCCAUGAGUGCUUCCAUCCCAACAUGCCCGACUCCUUCACCACCUGUGAAACUGUCAUCUUCGCUUGGGCCAUUGGUGGGGAGGGGUUCACUUAUCCGGUACAUGUGGGAAUGUCAAUAGGAACAGACAUUGAUCCAGUCUAUGUGCUGAUGGAGGUGCACUAUGACAAUCCAGCCUUACAGACAGAAGUGGUGGAUAGCUCUGGCCUGCGCCUGUACUACACCCCCAGGCUGCGGACCUAUGACGCAGGGGUGAUUGAAACAGGUGUAUGGGUCAGCCUUUACCACAUGCUGCCUCCCGGCAUGCAGGACUACAUCACUGAGGGACACUGCACUCAGGAGUGCCUGCAGGAGUCUCUAGACAGUGAGAUGCCCAGUGGUGUGUGGGUGUUUGCGGUUCUUCUCCACGCUCACCUGGCGGGCAGGGCUAUCAGGACCAGACACUUUCGCGAGCAGGUCGAACUGCCUCCUCUGGCCUCAGAUGACCAGUUCGACUUCAACUUUCAAGAGUUCCAGCCUCUCAGCCCCGAGCGGCUGAUUUUGCCCGGGGACUCCCUAAUCACUGAAUGCAUAUAUAACACCAAAGACAGGCGAAACAUGACUUGGGGCGGCUUGAGUACAAGAGAUGAGAUGUGCUUAUCUUACCUACUGUACUACCCAAGAAUUAACCUUGCCAGGUGCGAGAGCCUUCCAGAAAUCACUGGCCAGCUCAAAUUCAUUGGAGUUAAACAAAUCCAGAGCCCUCUUACGACCUGGCCUUUUGUUAUAAAGAGUCCAAAGAGAUACAGCAAUCUCUCUUUCACUGAAGCCAUGGACAAGUUCCGAUGGACCAAGAAGAGAGCAAAGGCCUUCAAUGAAGUCGUGCUGAAUCUCCCUAUGAAUGUGCGCUGCUCCAAGAUAGGCCUGGACGAGUGGGCGAUUCAAGGCAUGAUUGUGUCUCCACCGAAACCCAAAUCAGUGCGACCUCCUGCUGUUGCCACAUGCAUGAAUGGCUCUGAAUGUCAGUGGCAUUGUACAAUCUCUUAUAUCCUCAUCACAGCUCUUAUGGUACUACUGCAGUUUAACUCACAGCUCUAACUUCCACGCAUACCACUCUUACCCAAAGCUCAACAAAGAUCUGUUCUUCCUCCCAGCAUAAACUCUGCAACACUCUCUUCACUUUUUGACACUUCUUCAGAAGCAAAUUCAAUUCUCCAGAGUAAACUUUGUCACUAUGUGCGCGAACACACUGACUGAUUCACCCAAAUUUAACAAGACGCCAUAUGAGUCACCCUAGUUGCACUCCUCCCUUUUUAACAAAGAGCCAUUUCUAUGUUUCAAUUGCACUACAAAGCAUCGUUUGAUUUAUCACUAAUGCCUCCAUGUCGCUGGAAGCUCACAAAGACUGCAGCUGUAUCUCAACAGAGCUUUUUCAUUCUUGUACUCCAUCCUGAAUGAAGUAAGUAGAGAGCGUAAGUGUACUUAGCCACAGCACCAUUUGGGAUUUGACUAUAUUAGUUUCACAGC